AUGGAUUCAUCACAAGGCACAGCUCUAGGGGGAAAUGGUGGGAGUGGUGGAAAUGGGACGUUGAUUUCUCAAAAUAAUGACAUGGCAACUUCUGCAGCUGGAGCUGAUGAUUCUAUGCAGAAGUUGAACCAGGUCAGCAACUCAAUUCAGAAAACGUUGGGCCUUAUUCAUCAGCUUUACCUCACUGUUUCUACGUUCAAUGCUGCCUUUCAAAUGCCUCUUCUCCAGCGCAUUAAUGGCCUUGUUGUAGAGCUUGACAACAUGGUUAAAUUGGCAGAGAAAUGCAACAUUCAGGUUCCUAUGGAGGUUGUCAAUUUAAUUGAUGAUGGGAAGAAUCCAGAUGAAUUUACUAAAGAUGUUAUAAACAGCUGUAUUGCAAAGAAUCAGAUCACCAAAGGAAAAACUGACGCCUUAAAGAGUUUGCGUAAACAUCUUUUAGAGGAAUUGGAGCAGAACUUCCCUGAUGAGGUUGAAACUUUUAGAGAGAGUCGUGCCGCAGCAGCUGCAGAGUUGAAACGUCAGGCACAAGCACAGAGUGCACUGCCAAAUGGAGAUGUGAGGGUUAAAUCGGAGCAUUGA